AUGCUCAUCAUGGGUAUCAUCAACAUUGCCCAGACCAUUACGGCCUUGGUCUGGGUGACCGGGAAAUCAAUCACCGUCAGCAUCGCAGACUGCCUUGUCGCAGCCACAACAGCCACGAUCGAAGUGUUGAAAGACGACCCCAUCUUCCAGACAGGACAUCCUCGCCUCGAUGGCAUCCUCGCCUGCACCCUCUACCUCGCUCUCUUCAUCGCCUGCUACAUCGUCCUGUGCGAGCUCCUCCAAGCUUGGACCGACGAGCUCGGGGACGAGCUCCAGGACCUGGCAAUUCCAGACUGGCAAGCUCUCAACGAGGGACACGUCCGCCGCCAGCGCUUAGCCAAAUUCUUCCUCACCUUAGCAGCUCUGAUCCUCAUCUUCGUCCACACUCUCCGCUUCAAGCACCGCAGUAUCAAGCUCAGCUCUUUCAAACUCACGCAGGAAUGGCAAGAGGCACAGAACGCUUUGAAAGGUACCAAGAACUUCGGCGAUUACCUUCCUGGCAGGGUUGAUGUAAAGGCGAAGGUGUACAAGUAUGCGUACGGCAAGUUGCCAGAUUGGCUGGUUGAGCGGUUUCAGUGGCUUCCUCACGAUUGGAGUCGCAACGCAAGCGUGUGGAGCUACUUCCGACUUUUGAUCGAUGAGAGCCGGCGAAACUGGUGGACGAGGCAGUGGAUAAUGGGUUGGGGUGCUUGGUCCGUGUUUGUUGUAAUCGAGACUGUGAACCGUGACUAUCAUUGUUUCGUGCCCCUCAGCUAUAUCUUUCUGGGCUACUGUAGUAGCCUGGCUUCGAUGCAAUCUGUGUUCUUCGCGCAAAUACUGUUGCGCCCAAGACAGACAGAAGACUACAAUGGAAAGAAGGUGGACUUCUGGAUACCUAGGCCAGUGUGGGUCCUGGGGAUAGGAGCUAUCGAAGCCUUCUGCCUUGGAGUACUACCAACUUUGCUCCAGUGGAUGUCUGAGGCAUCCAGCGAGGCCGCAUCGAUAUGGAAUUUUAUCUUUGGUUUGGUUCAGGCAGUACUGAUCUUGGCGCCGUUCGUGAUUGCUAUUAGUGAUGAGAUUGGGGAUGACUAUACAUCCGCCGAGACAGCCAGGAAGACGCUGUCAAAGGCGUGGUGCGUCCUGUCUGUCCUCUCCGCAGCCUCGCACAUCUGGACAUCGGUUCUGGCCUUUCGAGAGGCGAAUCCUGCUGGAUGGUUUGGCAGGCACAGUCGGUGGGGAGGACAGCUCGGCUGGUUCAUACCGUGGCGAAAUGAGUACUAUCGCUCGAAGGACGUCGGUAGCGCAGGUUGGAGCAUCUUCGAGGAGCUAGGCGAUCACCCCUGGAUCAAUGCUGUUGGUUGGGACGUGGUCUUCUCCGUGCUAGGGCUGUGCAUCUGGUCUGUCAUCAGCUCUGCGAACGUGCGGGAUAUGCUCCAGUGCACAUUCAUGCCUUGGUUGGACGACAUCGAAGACGUGGUGGAAGACGUGGUGGAAAAUGCGAUGGAGCGAGUGCACCAGAUGACUGAGGAAGUGGUGUCAAAAGCAGGGAGUGCCGCACAAGGCGUACAGGAGAUAUUCGAUGAUGUUGUUGACCAAGCUCAGCUUUUCGUGGAGCCAGCUCUAGAGCAGGCUAGCAGGACGGCGGAAGACGUACGCGACAAAACAGCGCCGAUGCUGGACUCUGCGAAGAAGAGAUUACAGGAAGCCUGGUCGCAGAAGCCAGAACUUCCCAAGCUGCCAGGCGCUCCUAAGUUGCUUUCGAAACGGAGCUCGCGCGCACUCCCUGGAACAGAUGAGUCUGAUGAGGACGCGCAAGUCGAUCGGCACACGUCGAAAAAGACUCGUGCACGUGCAACGGCUCAGCCCACGACGAGGGCUUUACGAUCACGCAAAGCAGCUGGUUCACGUUCAGCUUCUCGUCCUGCGCAGACAAAACCUAGGCGUGGUCGAUCGGGGGGCUUGGGCGGCGCCUCGGGCCUGUCUGGUGGAAACGACAGUGCUGGUCGACGUGGAAGACAUCAGAGCUUGUCGUCGACAGCGAGUGAGGUGAUGGCUGCUGCCAUCAACGCGGAAGCUGCCGGUGUGACGUGGGUGCUGUGGGUGGUUGGAGGUUUGGGAAUGGCUUCUGCCGGCGUGUACGGAGCUGAUCAAAUUUCAUGA